ACUAGAUGCGUGCUUUGAAAGGAGUGUUGGUUUAUAUUAUAUUUCUUCUUCCCGUGGUCCGUGGAGUGUGGCUGGAAUCUAAGUUCGCUUUGAUCUGAUGGCGGGAGAUGCUCCGGCUUUCAAUCCUCAUUUCGUUGUCUCACAAAAAUUCCCGGAGGCGACAUAUACCUAUUCCGAGAGAGAUGCAACGCUCUAUGCGCUAGGUAUUGGAGCUUGUGCUAGGGAUGCCGUGGAUGGUGACGAACUGAAAUAUGUUUAUCAUGAGGACGGGCAGGAGUUUAUACAGGUAUUGCCAACAUUUGCUGCUCUAUUUGCCCUUGGGUCUGUAUCAAUGAGCUCUCUUCUACCAGGAUUAGAAUAUGAUCCACGCCUCCUGUUGCAUGGACAACAAUACAUAGAAUUGUACAAGCCACUGCCCUCAAGUGGUCGUAUACAAAAUAAGGUUGCUCUGGCAGGAUUGCAUGACAAAGGUAAAGCAGCUAUCGUUGAGAUUGAAACAAAAAGUUACAAUGAAUUUGGUGAAUUGUUAUGCAUGAACCGGUUGACUGCCUUUCUUCGAGGUGCUGGCGGUUUCUCAACUUCAUCUAAACCAUUUUCUUACUCAAACUAUCCAGCCAACCAGGUUCCAGCAAUUAAAAUUCCAGAACAACAACCCUUCACUGUGUUUGAAGAUUCUACGCAACCAUCUCAGGCAUUACUUUAUAGGCUAUCAGGUGACUACAACCCUCUACAUUCAGAUCCCGCGCUUGCAAAAGUUGCAGGAUUUUCGCGGCCAAUACUGCAUGGACUGUGCACUCUUGGAUUUGCAGUUAGAGCUGUCAUUAAAUGCAUCUGCAAGGGAGAUCCAAACAUGGUGAAGAGCAUAUUAGGGCGAUUCCUUUUGCAUGUGUACCCUGGGGAAACAUUGAUCACUGAAAUGUGGCUUCAAGGCAUGAGGGUCAUAUAUCAAACUAAGGUGAAAGAACGCAAUCGGACUGUGCUUGCUGGCUUUGUUGAUCUUCGUAAUUUAACUUCUUCCCUGUAAAAGUAGUACAAUGUAAGGUCUUAUCAACUAGAAGCCCCCUCCAACUCUUGUUAUUACCCACUCAAUAAAAUCUAAAUACACUAAUAUAAAUAAAGGGAUGAUAGAAAAAAUAAAUAAAUUAUAAUCUUCUUAAAUUGGACGAUCCACCAUCAGAUUUUGAUGUACUUAUAUUAUGACCUUGGUUUGGUUA